CAUUUAUAUAGCCGACUCGGCCCCUAAACCCUCUUCUCUCUCCCAAUAGCUCCCCUGUGAGCUUUAGACACCGCGCCUCCCAAUCUCCUAAAAAUAAGUAAAGAUGGUGCAAUAUAAUUUCAAGAGGAUGACUGUUGUCCCCAGUGGGAAGGACUUCAUUGAUAUUAUCCUGUCUCGUACCCAGAGGCAGACCCCAACUGUUGUCCACAAGGGUUAUGCCAUUAAUCGCCUGCGUCAGUUCUAUAUGCGCAAGGUGAAAUAUACCCAGACUAAUUUUCAUGAGAAGCUCUCUACUAUCAUCGAUGAAUUUCCUAGGCUGGAUGACAUCCACCCUUUCUAUGGCGAUCUUCUACAUGUUCUCUACAACAAGGACCAUUACAAGCUCGCGCUUGGGCAGAUCAAUACUGCAAGGAACCUUAUUUCCAAGAUUGCUAAGGAUUAUGUCAAGUUGCUGAAGUAUGGUGAUUCACUUUACCGAUGCAAGAGUCUCAAGGUUGCUGCUCUUGGCCGUAUGUGCACGGUUAUAAAGAGGAUUGGUCCCAGUUUAGCUUAUCUGGAACAAAUCAGGCAACACAUGGCAAGGCUUCCUUCAAUUGAUCCAAACACCCGGACAAUAUUGAUUUGCGGCUAUCCAAAUGUGGGAAAGAGUUCAUUCAUCAACAAGAUCACUAGGGCCGAUGUUGAUGUCCAGCCUUAUGCUUUUACUACCAAGUCACUCUUUGUGGGGCAUACAGAUUACAAGUACUUGAGGUACCAGGUUAUUGAUACACCUGGGAUUUUGGACCGACCAUUUGAAGACCGCAACAUUAUUGAGAUGUGCAGCAUCACAGCAUUGGCACAUUUGAGAGCUGCUGUUUUGUUCUUCUUGGACAUCUCAGGUUCUUGCGGUUAUACCAUUGCCCAACAAGCAGCCCUUUUUCAAAGCAUUAAGUCUCUAUUCAUGAACAAACCAUUGAUUAUAGUCUGCAACAAGACUGAUUUGCAGCCAUUGGAGGGCAUAUCUGAGGAAGACAUGAAGUUGGUCACAGAGAUGAAAUCUGAAGCUAUGAAGACUGUGAUUGGUCAAGGAGGCGAGGCUACAAAUGAUGACGGGGUACUCUUGACCAUGAGUACUUUGACUGAGGAGGGGGUUACUUCUGUAAAAAAUGCAGCUUGUGAGAGGUUAUUGAAUCAGAGAGUUGAGCUGAAGAUGAAAACUAAAAAGAUAAAUGAUUGUUUAAAUCGUUUUCAUGUUGCGAUGCCAAAACCACGUGACCAUAAGGAAAGGCCUGUAUGUAUACCUCAGGCUGUUUUAGAAGCCAGGGCUAAGCAAGCAGCAGAGAAGGAAAAGAGAACUACUGAAAAGGAUUUGGAGAAUCAAAAUGGUGGUGCAGGUGUUUACUCUGCCAGUUUGAAGAAGAAUUAUAUUCUAGCUCAUGACGAGUGGAAAGAGGAUAUCAUGCCUGAAAUUCUUGAUGGGCACAAUGUCUUUGACUUUGUUGAUCCUGAUAUUUUAAUCAGGCUUGAGGAGUUAGAACAAGAAGAAGGACUGUGGCAGGCAGAGGUGGAUGAUGAUGUUGAGAUGGGUGGAAUGGAGUUGACUCCAGAAGAGCAGAAGGCAUUGGCUGAGAUAAGGAAAAAGAAAAGCCUGCUGAUUCAACAACAUAGGAUCAAGAAAAGUACAGCAGAGAGUCGACCUACAGUACCUAGGAAAUUUGACAAGGACAGGGAGUUCACAUCAAAGAGAAUGGGGAGGCAGCUGUCAGCGCUGGGAAUUGAUCCUAGUAUGGCAAUUAACCGCGCCCGCAGCAGAUCUGUUUCUAUGAGGGGCCGAAAGAGAGAGAGAUCAGUUAAGGAUGGUAAUGGUAGUGGUUCUGACAUGGAGGAUACACCCAACAAGAAGUUGCGCUCGAUGUCUAGACCUCAUUCAAGGUCUAGAUCAAGACCGCCUACUGAUGUUGUCCCUGGUGAUGGCUUUAAGGACUCUGAUCAAAAGUCUAAAGCACUAGACAAGGCCCGGAAAUCUGUGAAGAACAGAAACAAGAACGCUAGACGUGGAGAGGCAGAUAGAGUUAUUCCCAAUAUGAAACCAAAGCAUUUGUUCUCUGGAAAACGCUCAAAUGGAAAGACCCAAAGGCGCUAAGUAAUUCAGGAAUGUCUUGCAAAGAAUGUAGACUUAUGCUUUGUUGGAAAAAAAACUUUGUUGUUUCAUUUCCUGUUCGAUAGACUGGAGAAUGCGAGAUGCGAAGAUGGUGUCAACAGAGUUAUCAUUUUCCCCUUGUUUUAUUGUUUUAAUACCGGUUGCAGUUUUGGAUCAGAGAUAUGCUCUAAUGACAUUACUACUAGUA